AUGCGAGACAUCAAGAGCCGCCAGCACCCUGUCGCACGCGGACGAGGCAAGAGCUUCGUCAAUCGUGAGGUGGAAGAGGAAUGCGUCGCCCUUUCUUCUGCUUCUCAAGAACAAUACCAACUUGAAGCGCCUCCGGCAGGCUAUUACCCCUAUCAGCAAUGCUCGACGAGCAAUCCUCCAGCGUCACCACUGUCGCCAAUCGAGCUGUCCGCGCAGACUUCGUCGACGAGCGAGCCCAAGCCAACUGAGCACUGGGACCAGUUCCCCCUCGAGUACGAGGUCUGCUAUCGAAGGAACGACGACUUCCGAUGGUUAUACGAGGAAGCCGCCAUGGGCAUGACGAGCGAGCACCCUCCUGUAUUCGCCCAGGCGCACGACAUACACACCUCAAAUUACCUUCCUCAUCAGUAUCCGCAGUACGACCAAUCGUUCCACCAUCGAAAUUUGGCCCAACCCGUUUAUCCUUGGGCCUGGAGCCGCUGA